AUGCAACGCUGCCAAAUAUAACUAACAUAGGGCAUAUGGGGAAAAUAUUUAAAAAUGGCGCGAGUCAUAAGCAAAACAACAUACAGUUCUCUAUUAGAUUCUGUGUAUAAAUUACCAUACAGAAAUAGAGUUCAAACCCUGCAAAAGCUUUUUCCGCAGCUCUCAGUCGAUACGUUGAAGUGUGUUGUCGCACAAGAAUGCCAGAGACGAAUGAAGGGCUCACAUGGAAGAUUAACUACUUCAGAAGCAGUUGAAGUUUUGUACAAAAGAUAUACAAACUCAAUAUCAAUGAGUGAAGAACCAGGGAUACUCAUAAGAUUGUCAGAUGAAAACGGGUUAACUCCAGCCCUGCUUGCACGAUCCAUUAUAGAAAGGCACUAUCAGAAAAGUGACAAGACAAAACCAGCAAAGCUGUUGGUCUCAACAUUAAUGAAGAAUACUGCAUUGAUUGAUGAUAGAGACCUGGCAUUUGAGACAUAUCUUUGCUUGCUUGAAGAUGAUGAAUAUGGGCCAAUAGCAGAAGCUACCAAACAGUCUGUAGGAUAUGAAUACGAAAUCCGACUUCGAAUGGAAUUGGAAAAGUGUCGGGUUUCAUUUCUUCAUGAAGAACAUCUAAGAGUGAAGGGAUAUGACAAAACACCUGACAUUAAAUUAGAAAUCCCUGUAGGUAUGUAUCUCACAAACAUUAAAGAUUUGUAUGUAAAUUAUUAUUGCCAUCUACAUCACAUGUUUUUAAAAUUCUGUAUAGCUGUUGAUGGGCAAGUGAUAAACUGGAUCGAAAGUAAAGCUCUUUUCGGAGACGAAGAAGUUCAUCGUGGAUAUUUAAAAGAUCAACUCUAUAGCUACUGGAACAGAUUUGGACCGGGCCUAGUUAUCUAUUGGUUUGGAUAUGUAGAAGAUUUAGAGAAAAUUCACCAGAACCGAAUCAUUCUUAUAAGAGAUGCUCUUCCUAUGAACAUGAUUUUUAUGGAACAAAAUUCAUAAGUACUUAUUAAAAUCUUGAUUUGAAGAUGAGUUUUCUUAACAAUGGUUUAGAAAAGCGCAAGUUAAAAAAUACACUGGAAAUAUUUUAAAUACCGA